AUGGCAUCAAUACUCAAAUGGCGUGAACCCGUUCACAACGCUGUUAUUGAAAAAAGGCAGUUGCAGUUCAAUACUCUCAUAUCGGACAAUGUGGAACUUGAUGAAAUUUUCAUUCACGAUGUCGUCGCAAAAGAAAAGAACCAACGACUUAAACGUAAACAAACAUGGGAAAUGGAAGGCUCAGAAAAGAUGGAGGCGAGCUUUGCCCAAAAACUACCUCGUCAUAACCAUUCAUCAGCGAAAAAAAGCACCCGAGAAUAUAACACAAGUGACGAACCCACUACGUCAAAUGGUGCAAAUUUCUCCAAGAAGGUCGCCACUCGCGGACAACAAUCGUCAAGAUCAACCCCUAGAAGAGACUCCACAAAAUUUUACGACUGCCCAGCAGAUCGAGCAGGAGAAGGAAAACAUACCUACGAUGACACUGAUGGUCGAGAGCGAUUCACCUCAGACAGAAGCACCGAGCCCAGCGUCGGAAGAAUGGGAGUCACCACCUCCUACGCCACCAAGACAAAUAAUGGAAGAACCGGAACUACCUUCGCUCUCGCCACAGAGUCAGACUUGGGAAAAACAUGCACAAACGCCGCCUCUAUCACCGCACACAGUGUUCUCGAAAAAGUUGCAGAAACUCCAACAAAUGAAAACGGAAAAUCUACCACAAGAUUGGGAAGUAAGAAAGAGUCAGUUAACGAGUCUGGACGAAUACUUUCCGAAUUACUCGCCGAUGGGAGCUCACGAGGAGUCAACGUCGAGAGACCUGGCGGAUCGAGCACAAACAUCGAAAGUACGAUUCGAGAAAGUAGUGGAAACGGAACCUUUUCAUCUAUUCGACGGCCACUCGAAAAACAACCCAAUCGUAUCGCCAUGGUAUUGUCGGGUGAUUUUUCGACCAGGCGAGAUAAAAGUUUUACCAAUCACAAACCUGGGGGUUGUUGUGAUUCCAGCAAAACCAACAACAAACUCAACUUGCCAGAAUGUUCAAUGCCAGAAGACAAUCGAGGAGCUACACAAAUAUUACCAACAGGAAAUAGAGAGAAAUCGCAUCUACAGGGAAGAACCCUCUCCUCUCCCUCUUCCGGUUUUCUCCAACCUUCUCAACCUGAAAGAGACGAGCGAGCCAGAUCACGAUUCACCGGGGACUUCGGGAUUGAGCAGAAAGACAGACAGCAGCGAACAGCAACGGCCACCUUUUAUCGUAUCUCAAAUGAGCGAAACCCAAUCUUCCGAGCCGCCCGCCAAGAAACCGCGCAUGGAUCAUCUCUAACAACUCUCAUCGAUUCACCAAAACCAUCAUCUUCAUUGCCAUCCUAUUACUCCGCGGUAUUCAACAGAAAGAGAACUGAAGCAACAAUGGAAAUCGACAGCUUGGUAGACGAACUUAGAGCAACAAAUCACAUCUAUCGCCGCAAAUCCUCAUCCUCAUCUCUACAUGACUCUGACACAACUUAUUCUACCGGAAACAACAGAAAUUCAGCAGAAGACGACAACGAAACGAGCGAAAUUUUGAAUCUUUUUGUUUAA